CGGACGGGGCCCCAGGCGGCUCCGUGGCACAGCCGGCGGCUCUGCCCGGGAGAGGAGCCGCUGGGCGCACACCCAGGGCGUGGGGGGGGCAUGGAGGAGCCACCCAUGGAGCAGGGCGUGAAGUGGGCGACGGAGCUGAUUGACCAGAAGCUGGAGGAGCAGGAGCGGCUCAAGAGCCAGGCCCCCAAGAUGCCGCCAGCGGUGGCGAGAAUGGACACGCCGGAGCUCGAGGACGAGAAGCGCCGCGGCCCCGUUCACUGGGGCAUCGAGGGGCUCAAGGGCCAGGGGCGGGAGCGGAAAAGCUCGCUGGACCUGCGCCGGGAGAUCAUCCACGUGGGCGGCAUCCAGUACCUCUUCGAGCUGCGCAAGACGCGCCGGCAGCGAAGGGAGGAGAAGGCGGCGCCGGAGCCCGAGCCGGAGCCGGAGCCUGAGGAGAUCGUGGGCCCCGUGGAGGAGGAGGCGUUCCUGAGGGCAGCUGUGCAGGGCAAGAUCCGUGUCAUUGAGAAGUUCCUGGGGGACGGGGGCUCCCCUGACACCUGUGACGAGUUCCACCGGACGGCCCUGCACCGCGCCUCAUUGGAAGGGCACAUGGAGAUCCUGGAGAGGCUGCUGGACCGUGGCGCCACCGUGGAUUUCCGAGACCGGCUGGACUGCACGGCCGUGCACUGGGCCUGCCGGGGGGGGCACCUGGACGUCGUGAAGCUGCUGCAAGACCGAGGUGCUGACCUCAACCUGAAAGAUACGCUCCUGAGCACCCCUCUGCAUGUGGCGACCCGAACUGGGCAGACUGACAUUGUGGAGCAUCUGAUCAACACAGGGGUGGAUGUCAACUCCCGGGACAGGGAGGGGGACAGCGCGCUGCAUGACGCCGUGCGGCUCAACCGCUACAAGAUCAUUAAGAUGCUGAUCCUGUACGGGGCGGACAUGAUGGCCCAGAACCUGGCAGGAAAGACCCCCACAGAUCUGGUGCAGCUCUGGCAGGCAGACACCCGGCAGGCGCUGGAGACGCAGGAGCCUGGCGAGACGGAGGCCCCGGCGUGAGGGGUGGGCGGAAGGGCCCUGGGCUGGGGAACGGGACCCAUUGCACGACUCCCAGCUGUGUGAAUCCCAGAAUAAAAC